GCUGCAAGGAAGCCCAUGUUCGGAGAGAUCAGCGUUGGAAGCACGCACCUCGGCCAAUUUCGUCAUGCCGGAGGGUAGAGAUGACCCUUGGCAUGGGAUCCUUCUUUGUCUGUCCGGCACGAUUAGAGGCUCAAGGUACAUCCGCCCGUAUACAUAUAUAAGGGGUCCCGGUCUGAGGACCUCGUCUUCUUCGACAGUGUAAUUUCGACUCCAUCAACCCUCAUCUCACGACAAACAAUUACCAACUCUCACCGGACCAAGACCUUUCCGAGCAUGACCACCGUACUCCAAUACAACUUUACCUCUGAGAACGUCCCAGGGGCUUAUUACGGUCUCCUCCCCGAGCUCCCGCACGCCCAGUUGUCGAUGCCGAACGGGUCCAUCGAUGUACAAUACAAUUACACAAGCGCAGACUUGUCGAAUGACGGAAACGCCACUCGGUGGGAUUCCCUCUAUACGAUCUAUUUCAACCGACCGGAUUCCGAGAGCGUCUACCCAUCGCCUUCUGGGUAUCAGUAUAGCCUGACCCUCUUCUAUGGGCAUAGUACAUUCGGUCCUGCAACACCGACAACUUUCACUACGACGAGUGGUCCGUGGUACUACAAUGACACCAUUUACCUGUUCGCUCCCGGAGACAGCUUUGUCCCCCAAUUGAUCGAGUUGUCCGAAGAUGGUUCCACGCCCACUGGGAAUCGAUUCUUUGGUCAGAACAUCACUCUGGUCAGGAACGAGACACUACCGAUCACGACGACACAAGUAGCCUCAGACGAGAUUUCGAAGUUGUUAGGAACCCGAACGGCUACUGCAACGUCGUCAAGGGCUCCUCCAGCUACGACUUACCCUUGGACCGCCGAGGCUGCCACGACUACCGCUGCUGCUGCUAGUGGAGGAGAGAGUUCGCCGGCGCAGACUUCGGCACCGGCGAACGCGGGGUCGCGAUCUACCAAGGGAUCCUCCUUGCUGCAGAUCGGUACUGCCUUGUUGUUGAUCAGCGCUGCAGUCGGAGCGUUUUGAAGAGGCCCCGUCUGAGCCAGGCCUUCGACUUCUUUCGACCUGCUUCCCAAUCCGAUGGCGAAUACCAUGAUACCCUAAG